GCACCGAGACUCGCAUUCAUGGUCUUAAACCGAAGAGGAGCCCAGUGAGAGCCUUUUUAAAAAACACAGCUGAUCAUGGACCCGAGCACCAGCGGACUCAAGGAGAGGUUGGCUGAGGCCGGCCAGUCCCACACCCUGCAGUUCUGGAGCGAGCUGAGUCCCGAGGAGCAGGCUGACUUGGCCCUCGACCUGCAGCGGAUGGACUUUCAGGAGAUCAAUGGGUUCUUCAAGAAUGCUAUGGAGACGUCGAGCAGCGGCAAGCAUGAGAAGAUGGAUGCACGCAUGGAGCCAGUGCCCAGGGAGGUGCUGGGGAGCGUGACAAGAGACAGGGAGCUUCUCAAAGACUGGGAGCUGACAGGUCUUCGCUGCAUCUCUCAGAGUAAAGUGGCCGUCUUGCUUCUGGCAGGGGGCCAGGGAACCAGGCUGGGGGUCUCUUACCCCAAAGGCAUGUACGACGUGGGGCUGCCGUCCCACAAAACCCUCUUUCAGAUCCAAGCCGAGCGCAUUCUGAAACUGCAACAGCUGGCUGAGCAGAAGCACAAAAUCAAGUGCUGUAUUCCCUGGUACAUCAUGACCAGCGGCAGGACAAUGGAGGCCACCAAGGAGUUCUUCUCGCGACAUAACAACUUUGGCUUGGACAAGGACAACAUCAUCUUCUUUCAGCAGGGCAUGCUACCAGCCAUGGACUACAACGGCAAGAUCAUCCUGGAGAGCAAAGGAAAGCUCUCCAUGGCUCCUGAUGGCAACGGCGGUCUUUACAGAGCUCUCGGGAACCAGGGUGUCAUGGAUGACAUGGAGCGGAAGGGGAUCGAGUUCAUCCAUGUUUACUGUGUUGAUAACAUCCUGGUCAAAGUGGCCGACCCCGCCUUUGUUGGUUUCUGUGUGCAGAAGGGAGCGGACUGUGGAGCUAAGGUGGUGGAGAAAACCAAUCCGACAGAGGCAGUGGGUGUGGUCUGCAAGGUGGACGGCUGUUAUCAGGUGGUGGAGUACAGCGAGAUCACCCUGGCGACUGCCGAGAAGCGCAGCGCCGACGGCCGGCUGAUGUUCAACUCGGGAAACAUAGCCAAUCACUUCUUCAGCUUCUCCUUCCUCAAAGAUGUAGUCCAGAAAUACGAGCCAAAGCUGCAGCACCAUGUGGCCCAGAAGAAGAUCCCAUAUGUGGAUGCUCAGGGUCAGAUAAUCAAACCAGACAAACCAAAUGGGAUUAAAAUGGAAAAAUUCGUCUUUGACAUCUUCCAGUUUGCUAAGACCUUUGUCGUGUACGAGGUGCUGCGGGAGGACGCGUUCUCCCCGCUGAAGAAUGCAGACACUCAGGAUGGAAAGGACACACCCACCACAGCCAGACACGCCCUGAUGUCCUUGCACCACCGCUGGGUGCUCAACGCCGGAGGCCACUUUAUCGACGAGAACGGCACACGCGUACCUGCCAUACCCAGAGACGGAGCAGCAGGCAGUGUCACAGAUGAUGGCAACAGAAACUUGAAGGACGGAACAGACCUGCCAAUCAAAUGUGAGAUUUCCCCUCUGGUGUCCUACGGAGGAGAGGGUCUUGAGGAGCUGGUGAAAGGACGAGACUUCCAUCCCACCCUGGUGAUCGAUGAGCAUGGAGCCCACGAGGUGGUGAAGAACGGAGUUUAAUCAGUGAAAAAAAAAACAGAGAGAGAGAGAGUGAGAGAAUGAGGGACAACCCAAAGACCAACCUCCCUUUUAUCUCUCGACGUUUGUGGGGAGAAACUGUGAUGUCUUCGCUGUGCAAUAACGAAAACGCGUGCAUGUGUUCGUGAACGAGGCCGUCACCGUGCAGAACGAAUGAACGAGCAAGAUGAAGUGUGUCGUUUACUUUUUAUCCGAGUUUCCUUUGCUUUGUAUGUCGAUGUCAUGUCACACAUUCAUAUUUGUUUGGAAGAGCACUUGAACACAGCAUGAGAUGAAGUACGAAAUCCCUGUUGAACCGACUGGAUGAAGCAGUCUGCAGGUGCUUCUAUUUAUUUUGCUUAUGAAACUUAUUUUUAUAUGUACCGAUAGAUGCUUUAUAGGUGGAAAUUCCCAUCUACUCAUUUUACCCGGUGAUUUUUAUACGACAGUUGACUGAGACUAAAUGAUCAGAAGGACGUUUCUUACUAGCAUGUAAUCAAGGUACAUGGCUGUGGGGGGUAUUUAUAGUAUCUGCUUCUUUUCUGUUCAUAAUCGAUGAAUAUUAGACAUUAUUCAGCUUUAAGGGAGAUUAUGAUUUCUAUUAUCUUUAUUAAAAAACAUUUACUACUUGGAAAA